AUGACACAAGCACCUCCUCAAAUGGAGCCGCCUCAACAGCAGCCAUCACAGCCACAACAGGCUCAUCGAAUAGCUGCUGAGCCGGAGCCACGGGUACUAUGUGGGCUACCAAUUGGGGGUGCCGUAGGAAUACUCGGUUCGAUUCUGAUGAUUUGUCAAAUCUUCGGACUUUUCUAUCUAUCCCCAUUUUUGCUCUACUUUUUCGAAAUUUCCAUCGGCAGUGCCAUGAUGUUCAUUUUAUCAACAGGUGCCAAGCAUCGAAAGAUUGCUUACAUCACUGCAUACAUGUUAUACAUUUCUAUGUACACAUUCUGGGUGUUCUUCCUAAUAUUGGGAGCAAUUUUGGCGACGGUGUACCUCGUGGAUAACAAUAACAAUAUUUGUAAUCCAAAUCACGAAGAUACAGCAACUACUCACAAAGGAUGCAUCGACUCAAAAUUCACGACUGGAGAUGUCGAAAUGGUGGUGAUCUCAUGUUUCUUUCUGACUGUCAGUAUCAUUGUUGCACUUAUUCAAAUGAGAUACUUGAUGAUUUUGUACAACUUCCUGAGAAGAAACUUGCAUCGAUUACCAUCUCAUCAAGCCAACAACUACAACGUCCAAUAUAUCGUUCCAACACCAAUCAGUCCAAAUGGAAUGCCACCACCACCAAGAUACACAGCGUAUGCUGCACCAAUGCCACCACAACCAGCUCUUCCGACGAAGCAACCAUUACCAAGUGAUACGGAGAGCACUCCGACCACCAGAACUGGAUCAGUUAUUUCUACACCAAUUCUUACUAUUAGUACUUUGGAACAACAACCCGGAGCCGACAACUUGGCCUUUGGAGCAGAGGAUGACCCAACCCGUUCACGUGCUCCUUCCCGUCCGCCAGCAUACAGUGACGUCGUUGAACCGGGGCACAUAACCAUCAGAAGUGACGCCCUUGCCUAA